AUGGAGGAGAACCAACUUCAGGCGGCGCCCAAGAAGACGGAGAUCUUCUCCCUAACUGGCAAAAGGCUUGGUGACUUCUCCAUCCGGGUUGGCAACGAGGAAAUAGUGCCGACGGAUCGACUGAAAUACUUAGGUGUUAAGUUCGACAGAGGACAACGUUCCAGGGAACACAUAACUACGGUCACAGAUAAGGCGCUUCGAGUGUCGGCGGCGCUGUCGCGCAUUAUGCCAAACAUCGGCGGGGCGGGCCAUAAGACGAGCAUUCUGUACUACAGGGUGCUUGAAUCUAUAGUAACGUAUGCCUCGCCGAUAUGGUCCAGGGUGGCGCUAGACGAUCUAAAGAACCAGCAAACUCUUAAAAGGGCGCAGAGGGCUGGCCUGAACAGGGUGGUCAAGGCCUACAGAACCGUGUCGCUUGACGCGCUAACGGUUUUGGCAGGUAUAUCACCCAUUAUAUUCAAGCUUGAGAAGAGAUUGGCGUUGUACGGGCUGGAGAAGCGUUGCAGGAGACUCCGACAGGGCACAUUUCGGGCGACCAGCCGUCACCUUGAGGAUGCCGACGUUGAAAGGGAAAAGGACAUCAAGAGAGCCCUUUCAAGAAAAUGGCAAGAACGAUGGGACCGGGAAUGCGUGAACAAGGUCACUCAUGACUGGAUCUCGAACAUUGAGAAGUGGUUGACCAGACCCAACGGCCAAAUGAACUAUCAUUUGACCGUUCUAUCAUACCGUUCUAUCAUACGCCCUGAAAGACAAAGAGGAGUACAAGCGUGCGAUGGACAGGGCGGCGCGUAUGAAUGCGCCCACCCCUCCUCCUUCGCCACUCCCAUAACAAGGAGGAGAAUUCGGAGAUAA